AUGACCGGCUUUUCAACAAUGCGAGAGGCGGAAUUCGGCGACAAGGGAAUCAUUGGUGGCACUGGUCCUCUUUGGGGCUGCAGCGCGCUCGUGAUCAUCACCAAGCGCGGAACCUACACCAGUCAUAACUGGCAGAUCCCCAAUUUCUCGCCAGGUCACAUGAACUUACCUGAUGGAUUCUACGAUCAAAACACGGAAUUCCACAACGGGGUGGAGAAGUUCCUUGAAGAGGGUACCGGCGAUGAAGAGAACAGCUUUUUGGGUAUCAGGCAACUGAAGGAGAGAACACACAUUUUUGACAACAUUCCCAAGGACACACUGAAAAUCCUGAUUUUCACCGGCUCAAGCACCGCUGGGAUUCCUUUCAGGCGGAAACCCACAACAGAAAAGUUCGACAUCCUAGCCUUAGACAAAGUCAACCGGUGGAAGGAAUGGAUUGUCAGGCUUGGGUUUCCAAGCGACAAGAUCGAGAUCUUUGCUUACAACAAAGGACCAAAGUACUGGCCAAAGUUUGACGAGCAUCCUGAUAACCACGAAACAAAGAUGACUAUGGCUUACAAGCAUCCGGAUAGCAUGAUGAUGUGGUGGAGCUCGGAAACACUUGAUGGCCUCGUGCAUUGGCAUUAUCACCCAAACCAUCUCACAAGCUCAGGAACCCGCCAGCCUACCAUCAGAGUCUGGUAUGAAAGGUUCCUCAUGUUCGAGGAGUCCUGGUGUCUGCCUGGUACAGGGUCCGUUGCAGCUCGUCAGAACGGCGGCUCUGGCUCCUGUCCUAUGCCGCCAAGGUCUUCCAAGCCUGCUCAAUCCGCCUCCGCGUCCGCCUCGGCCAGCAACUCCGCAGCAACCUCCAAAGCCUCCGGUAUAUCAACCAAAGAAUCCGCUGUGUCCCAUACAAGUAAUCCAACGGUCUCCACUUCAUCGCAAGACAGCAAGACCACCUCCAGCGGACCGGGGACAUCAGGCCCGAAGAGCUCGAGUUCCGUCGCCGUCCCAUCCGCCAUUCCAGGCCCUGGCGAUGGCAAAUCGUUCAACCGUGUGGUGAAUAUCGAUCAAGAAGUCUACUAUAAGGAGUACGAGAAGAUCGCAAAACAUACCGCCACUAUCGAAAUACUCGAAAUCACACAGCACAAGAAAGAGCCACUAAUCAGUGCCAAAGACAUGAAGAACAACGGGCCGGUCGAUUUACCUCACGAGCUCAACAUCAUUGAUCAAACAGGAUCCCAGCUGAAAAUCAACUUCCUGCUAGAGAUGGGCCACAACGUUGAGUUCCAGGCAAAGAGGAAGAACAAACUCACGUCUUGGAGCUUGACAAAUGCCAGUGCGCCGGUUUGGCUGGAUCGUGAUAAGCCUUGGUGCGAGAUGACCAGGUUGAAAGUCGACGCCAACAAGAAACAACUCUCUAGGAGCAACACUUGCUGGUAUAGUACGUAG